AUGUUGUAAUCUUUUAAAAUUACGAGGAAACUCUAAAUUAACAUUGAUUCUCAUAAUAAACUCGAUUAAUAGAGGCCAAUGUUUCAAUCUGAAAGGAAUAUACUCACAUCAACACCCUCUCUCUAUUAGAAACUUAAAUUAAAACCUAUUUAAGAAUUCUAAAUUGUUACUUAAGCAAAUAAUUACAUUUAAACGAAGUCCUCUUUUAAGAGUAACACGUUCUUUAAGUUAAACGAGGACCAAGAUCAGAUGAAAUAAUAAUGUUUAAGGCAAAAUUAAAAAAAGGUGAGUUUUUGUGACAAAGUCCUUAUUAUAGAACCUUAAAAAGGUGUUAUAAAGAGGGAGAGAAUAUCCACCAAAGAUGAAUAAUUUAAUGUGACCAGAACACCAAAACGAAAAAACUGUAUUUUAAUUCAUCCUUCAUCCAGAACCUUAAACACAUGCUAAUCUACUUUCAUUGAUUAGCUUUGA